AUGUCUUCGUGGACGCACCUUGUUCGUUUCAUCGCUGUCGAGGACAGCCAAGUUCACCUCGGCCAACUAGUGGAUACAGCCCGCGAUGUUGGACGCGAUACUGCUGACGGGGUUCGCAUCGCCGUUAAGCUCAUUGAAGGUACUGUAUUUGACGGUCGCGUUACUGAGAUAAUCUUGCAUGUGAAACAGCUUCUUGCACCCAUUACACCUGAACAAUGCAGCUACAUCCGCUGUUUGGGUCUCAACUACAUGGACCACGCCAAGGAGGCUAGCCUUCCUCUCCCAAAGGCGCCAAUCCUCUUCACCAAGCCUCGCACUGCGCUCGCUGGCCCCUACCCUGCCACCAUCAAUAUUCCAAAGUGUGCACAGGAUGGCAGUAGCGACUACGAGGCCGAGUUAUGUCUGGUCAUUGGAAAGCCUGGCAGGGAUAUUCCGGAGGAGGAAGCCCUGGACUACGUUUUAGGCUACACUGCAUCCAAUGAUGUCUCUGCUCGCACCAUGCAGAUGAUUACGGCACAGUGGUCUUUCUCCAAAGGCCUCGAUGGAAGUUGCCCUAUCGGACCAGUCCUCGUGUCGCCGUCUGCGAUCAAAGACCCCCAAACCCUGUCGAUUCAGGCCAUUCAUAACGGUACUACCGUCCAGGAUGGACAUACCAAAGAUAUGAUCUUCAAUAUCAAGAAACAGAUCUCAUAUCUCUCACAAGGUACCACUCUAGAGGCCGGAACACUGUUUUUGACUGGAACCCCUGCUGGAAUUGGUUAUUUCCGGGAGCCACGAGUGGUUCUGAAGGAUGGCGAUGAGAUUUCUGUAAAGAUUGAUCAGAUCGGCACUCUCAUCAACAAGGUCCGUUAUGACACUCGUUAG